GUCAGUUGUGCGUUCAUCUCUGCUGGGUUUCAUUAUUUACUGUGAACGUUUAGCAAAUUGUCAAUGUACAUGUUUGAACUCGUUGCAUUGUUAUAAGUUUUUAGAUUUACUUCUAUCUACUAGUGUGCGAGCUAGCAAUUAACUGAGCGUUUUAUUGAAGUCGCUGGAGAAGCUGAUCAGUAGCAAGUCGGUGAUGAAACAAGCAGGUCGGGAAGAGCGCCGUAGUUAGUGUUUUGUGAAUCGUCUCACCUGCGUUCAAGUGAUACGAACUAGUGAAUAUCGGACGUUUCCCCGUGUAUGACGUGCGUCACUGAGAAGAUGAAACGAGUCAAAAAUCCAAGGCUGUGGAUCGGUUUGCGGCCAAUCAAGGCACAGCUGGAAACGGCAAAGUUUAUGUUUUUCCACGGUACACAGUUCGGCGACCAUGAAGUGUUUGAACUUGACCAAGCUGAUAAAAUCGUGCACCACCCCAAGUUCGAUCGCAGCAAACGGACCGUCAUGUACUUCCACGGGUACAUCGAAUCGCCGGAGGUGGAAAGCGUGCACGUGAUCGUCGAUGCAUAUCAGAAGCGAAACGACCAUAACCUUAUUGUUCUGGAUUGGACUCAACUGGCCGAUGGAAACUACUUGCUGGAAGCCGUCCCCAAUUGUCGAAAGCUAGGACACAAACUGGGCACGGUUAUACUAGAUAUGAUUAACGCCGGAUUAGAUGUUGAUAAGCUACACUUAGUGGGACAUUCACUAGGUGCUCAGCUGGCAGGUUACGCUGGCCGAACCGUAUUAUCUAAAUCCGAUAAAAAGAUUAAACUGAGAAGAAUUUCUGCACUGGAUCCAGCCUUCCCACCGUUCUAUCCUGGUGUGUUUGUGACGCACCUCAGCGAGAAAGAUGCGCAUUUCGUGGACGUUAUUCAUACGGACGCCUGGCUGUACGGAGCACCAGUGAGCACUGGAACGGCUGACUUUUGGCCAAACAACGGCAAAACGCUUCAGCCAGGAUGUCCUAAGAGAAACUACAAACCACUGACAGAUAAUGAUCUCUGCAGCCAUCGGCGGUCCUGGUGGUUUUGGGCGGAAAGUGUUGCUGAACGACCAACGGCCAGCUUCCACUCGGUUCGUUGUAAAUCCUGGGGAGAUUUCAAAGAGAACAAAAUCGACCGGUCGGCAAAGCUAGCACACAUGGGUAUCGACUGCAGUCCGGAUGCGAAAGGAGACUACUACCUGCAGACGAAUGGAAACCCACCCUAUUCGAGAGGUAUCGCGGGUUCCACAUAUGAAUAACAGUGUGGAUCGCGCCGUUUGGCGUUACCAGCCUUAGCGUUAAGUCUAGUACAAAAUUGUUUUCGAUGUAGGCACAAAAUUUAUCGGGCACCCAAAGCAUGUGAGAUUAUUUAGAUUUUAUUGCAAAGGAUGUUGUGCUUCUACUAAUAUUAUUCUUGAACAAAUUGCAAAUUUUCUGUUGCAUCUGUAAUACAGAAGAUUUUACCGGAGUCGCCUGCAAUCUUUUUUCGAUCAAUCAAAACACAAUACAUCCUUUCUAAUAAUCUCCAUAUUUGUCCAGUCUGUUAACAUAUUCCUUUUUAUAAAAUUGAUGAAAUUGUAUAGUUUUUUAAAUUUUAUAGUUUGUGAAUUGUGAAUUAUAGAAUUUUGUUGCGGCUGCUUUUCAAA